AUGGCUCGUCUUCCUAACCUCCUCGACACCCCCUCCGCCUUCUCCUUCGUGCUCAGCUGCGACGACGACGACUACGACAAAGAGAACAAUCACAACAACGAGAACAGAGUCAGCCAUGGGACUGGCAGCAAGGAUACCUUGAACAAAAUGGAGAAAUUGGUGAGCACAACAGGAACUGGUGGUAGUGCCCAGACGACAGCAUUUCUGCAAGGCCACAAGAGAAAAGCCCUUGAAAGGUUAUCACAGGGCCACACCACCGUCCAGAAUAAGCCGGUCAAGAGACAGAAAACCCAGGAGGAGGAGAAGAAGAAGAAGAAGAACCAGGAGCCCCUCAUCAAGAAGAGGGACAGCAAUAUUGCUGCACCAAUUGGGCGCUUAGCUACCGCGUCGCCGCCACCACAGCCGGGUUCCCUCCAAGACACCAUCCGCCGCCAUCACCGUGCAAGACUCUUCGUCCCUCCGAGCCUCUGGACUGGCCUGCAUCUCGAUCUCAUCGGUACCACAUUUGUCGAUGUUGUCUUACAGGAUCAUCAAGAUAUCAACAACACCCCCCCGAGCAGCACCGCCACCGCCGCCCUGAUGCAACCGCCGGUCAGCGCAGCUCCCUAG